UCAGCCAAUCAGAACGAAGCCCGCCAAAGCGUCGGUUACGCUUUAGCGUGGGUUAUUCAAGUUCAAAGGGUAGAUUAAUUACUUGAGUUUUAUAAACGUAGCAAAGUUUUACGAAAUUAAAGGCCUAAUUUUUUGGGAUACUAAAUCUAGUGGUGUAAGCUACCUGCAAUACAAGAACACACUUAAAUUGGGGAAAAAACACAAAACAUGCCCAGUCCACAAAAGAGUAGGUCACAUGAUGUGGGAGAUGAAGUUUAUGCAAAAUGGCCAGGCAGUAAUCUUUGGUUUCGGGCCAAGGUUCUGAACAAUAAAGAUGGGCGCUACACUGUAAGAUAUAUGGAAGGAACUGAAGAAACUAUCAGCCAAAAACACAUCAGUGCCAUGUCAAACUUCACCAGAAGUUCUAGGUCACGGUCCAGAUCUAGAAGUCGGGGCAGAUCUCCGGGGCGCAAGUCCAAGGCAAGUCCUUCUCGCAAAGCCAAGCAAAGUCCAUCCCCAGCCAGGAAACCUCGCAGUUCUUCAAAAUCUCGCAGUUCUUCCAAGACCCGUGCUGCAGCCACACCUUCUACUCCUACAAGGCAAUCUGCAAGGCUUGCAGAAAAGCAGUAUGAACCUGAAAAGAAAGUUGAGGUUGCACGAAGAUCUAGCCCUCCCAGGUCAAAAGCAAGAGGAGAAGAUGACCAGUCUCUUGCAGGUCCAGUUUUUGCACUGCUUGGAAUACUGCUUUCACCAGUUAUGCUUUACACUCUCAAUCUCCUGUGUGCCAAGGAUUCUUGCAAGUUGAGGAUGCCAAUGUUCCCCAAGAAAGUGUCGGACUAUUUUGACUCCAAGGCAACUAUGAUUGUGUUGGGAUGGUUCUUGUUCCAAGUUGUCUUGGCGGCCCUCCCAGUUGGCAGGGUCAUAUCCGGACUCCCCGUCAGAGGAUCACAGAAACUCAAGUACAGAUGCAAUGGUUCCAUAGCGCUGGUGUUGAGUCUUGUAGCCAUGGCUGUUGGCCAUGCUUACUUCAAGGUGAACUUGGCUGUUGUUCACACUCUGUGGCUCCAGUUGAUUUCUGCUGCCACAGUGUUGUCCCUUGUUCUCAGUGUGGCCCUGUACAUCCAGGCCAGGAAGGCAAAACCAAGUGCUGUUGCACCUGAAGCCACUGGUAAUAUUUUGGUUGACUUCUGGGUGGGGCGCGAGUUGAACCCUCGUAUAAGGACAUUUGACUGGAAACUCUUUAUGAUACGUUUUGCAUACCUCAGCAUGUUGGCUGUUGAUGUGAUCUUUUUGGUUGAGGCAUACACUGGCAAAUCAGGGAUGUCAAACUACCCAUUCCUUCUGGUAGCUGGUGUGCAGGUUUUGCACUGUGCUGUCCAAGUACUGAAUGAGGAUAUGUUUCUGACUAUGCCUGACAUAACCAAGAUGGGGCUUGGAUUCAUGUUCAUCUAUGGAUUCAUGUUGGCAGGACCAUUUGGUUCUUCCAUCCAGGCACGAUAUCUAUUAGAGCACCCUCAAACUCCACCAUUGUGGGCACUUGCUAGUGUGGCUCUGCUAAACU